AUGACCACCAAAAUUACGGAAAUUGUUGAUGUCGAGGAUCUCUCAAGACCCACAAACUCUAAUGAAAUGACCAAUUUCGUUCCAAGCCUCCAUCACGAUACCUAUCCUUUCAUCACACCAACGGGGUCAGAGCUCGUGACAAAGUCAAUUUUUAUCACGGGUGCAUCGCGAGGUCUCGGACGAGCCACCGCCAUUCGAUGCGCCAAAGCAGGCUGUGCGAAAAUUGCACUCGCUGCUCGUGGCUCCCUAGCGGGCGUCGUGCAAGAAAUCGAAGAAACCGUGCGCGAGGCUGGCAUUCCGCCGCCACAGAUUCUUCCCUUACAGGUCGACGUCACAUCAGACAAGUCAGUUAGAGCUGCUGCAAAAGCAGUUUACGAAGCAUUUGGAGGGAAACUGGAUAUCCUGGUCAACAACGCAGGGCAUUUUACCAAAUUCAAACCUAUCCACGAAGUCGACCCGCGGAAUGCCGAUACAAAGAUUGUGAUCAAUCUGUCUUCCAUGGCAACCAACUGCUUGACCUACGGAGCUUCGGCGUAUCAGGUAUCACGAUUUUCUAACUGCUGGUUCUCCGAAUUUGUUGCUCGGGACUAUGAGCGUCAGUCUGUAUCACUCUGCACCCUGGAUAAAGCAAAUCUCCCUGAAGAUACGGUUGUUUGGUUAUGUUCACAACGGAGGGAGUGGUUGAAUGCUCGAUUUGUUAUCGGUAAUUGGGAUAUGGAGGAGCUGGAGAAGAAGAAGAGUGAAAUUGUGGAAAAGGAUCUCUUCAAGUAUCGUAUAACUACUUAG